AGACCUCUAACUAACCAAGUUGUAACUAUGAACGCUAUGGAUGCAAUUCACCAAGACACACCGUCGUACAUCAAUGAUUUUGAGCUUUAUGACUUCGUUGACAAUCCAAAUUUUGAUCAGUUCAUCAAUUUGAUCAGAGGGGAGAAUGAAGAUGCUAACUGUGACUUUAGUUCUGAUCUCAUCACUGAUUGUUUUGUUAACAAUCAGCUCCUUCCAUGCCCUGCAAACCCUUUUGAUCAGAACUAUAACAAUGCUGUGAAUGUCUAUGAUCAAAGCUCCACGUUUAGCUCCUUUUCAUGCUUUGAUGGGGAGAUAAAGGGAGAAGGAGAAGGAGAAAGAGAAGAAGAAGAAGAAGAACACGAUGGAGAACAUUUUUCUGAAACAACAACGACAACAACAACGACCAAGAACGAUGAUUCCAAACCCAAACUGAAAAACGACAGGUCUAAGACUCUCAUUUCUGAGAGGAGAAGGAGAGGCCGAAUGAAGGAGAAGCUUUACGCAUUGCGUUCUUUGGUUCCCAACAUAACAAAGAUGGACAAGGCUUCCAUAAUUGGAGACGCAGUAGCAUACGUGCAUGAACUUCAAGCUCAAGCUAGGAAGCUGAAGGCUGAAGUUGCAGGACUUGAAGCAUCUUUAUUAGUGUCUGAAAAUUAUCAAGGAUCAAUUAACAAUCCCAAAAAUGUGCAAACUGCAAGGAAUAGUCAUCCAAUCUGCAAGAAGAUCAUGCAGGUGGAGAUUGUGCAAGUGGAGAAAAGAGGGUAUUAUGCAAAAAUAGUGUGCAAUAAAGGAGAAGGAGUGGCUGCAUCGUUGUUCAGAGCUCUUGAGUCUCUUGCAGGCUUUAGUGUUCAGAAUUCAAACUUGGCUACAGUUUGUAACAGUUUUCAACUUACAUUUACAUUGAAUAUAAAAGGGUCUGAGCCAGAGAUUAACCUGCAAAAUUUGAAGCUAUGGGUGACUGGCGCUCUUCUGAACCAAGGUUUUGAAUUCGUGGCAUCUUUUUCUGGUUGAGUUAAUGCACCGAGUAUGACGUGUUCCAUUUAAGAGAUUGUGAUGAACCGUGAAACAAUACAAAAUGGACGCCACAAUCUGGAGCAAGUAUGAACCUCCUACACCAUCAGUAUGAUAAUAGUAGUAUGAUAUCACAUGCUAUAACCACCACAACACUUCGUUCUGUGUAAUUCUUCAAUUUUCAGAACAAAUAAAAACACUACAGAGACUAGAAAAACACGAAACCCUACAAA